CAAACAGCUCCAGCAGCAGCUGUAUGGACUAUGUUCAACUGAAUGCCAACAGGCCUUAGUGUAGGACCCAUGUCGAUGUAAAAUAUUUAAUAUGGCAGUCGGCCGUGAAGAGAGGGGAGGUGACAGACCUACCAGUAUGUUCUAUAUAAAGAUUUGAGCAUUCAGGAGUCUAAAGCUAACUAUCCUGGCAUCACUUCAAAGCUCCUGAUGAAAAGCACAUGACUGAAGUCCUAACAAUGCCUUUUCAAUCUUAGCCCCUGAGAAGUACAGAUGGUGUGAUCUCAGACAGAGUCAAGAGCUCUUAACUGAAACUGAACCUCUCACCCUAACAGCAGAGGUUUUCCGUCGGCGGGGGUGUUCAGGGGGCCGUUUUUUUUUUUUUUCUGGAGAGAGAGGGUGAUGCUGUUCUCUGUUCAGUGGGAAUGUAUUGACUGAGGAUCCAACUCUCAGCCUUCCAGCUGGACCCUGCUUCUCCUCUGCUCACUGUGUGGGGUUUAUACUAGGACACAAACACACCUGACGGCUGAGCUCUCCCUGGUUGCUGUCUGACUGACCGGCCUAACCAUGAGGGUCUUCCUCCUGCUUUGCCUGCUGGCACUAGGCAACGCCAAACCCUACGAGCCAAUCAACGUCAUGGAGUUCAUGAAACACUAUGACAUCAUGAUGGCUGAUUCGGAUGACGAUGAUGACGACGAAGAAGAAGAAGACGACGAUGACAAUGAUCUUGAUGAUGAAGAUGAGGACUGUCCGUCUGGUUGCCAUUGCUCACCCAGAGUGAUGCAAUGCUCAGACCAAGGUCAGAUCUCUGUUCCAGAGAAGAUUCCUGAAGACACUGUGAUCCUCGACCUCCAAAACAAUGAUAUCACUGAGAUCAAGGAGGAUGACUUUAAAGGCCUCCACAAGCUUUAUGGCCUGUUUCUGAUCAACAACAAGAUCUCUAAGAUCCACCCCAAGGCCUUCAGACACCUGAACCAUCUCAGACUGCUGUACCUCUCCUACAACCUGCUGACUGAGAUCCCCGCAAACCUGCCUCCCAAUGUUGUCGAGCUCCGCUUCCACGAAAACAAGAUCAACAAAAUUCAGAAGGACGCGUUUAAAGGCCUGAGGAAACUCCACGUGCUGGAGCUGGGCGCCAACCCUCUGGCCAACAGUGGGAUCGAGCUGGGAGCAUUUAACGGCUUGUCAACCCUGUACGUCGGUAUGGCGGAGGCCAAACUAACUGCUAUACCAAAAGACUUCCCAACCAGCAUGACAGAGCUGAACCUGGACUACAACAAGAUCAUCAAGGUGGAAAUAGAAGACUUCAUCAGAUAUAAAAAUCUGCUGAGGCUAAGACUAGGCUUUAACCAGAUCAAGUCUGUAGAAAAUGGCAGCUUUGCCACCAUCCCGAACGUUCGUGAGAUCCACCUGGACAACAACCGUUUGAAAAAGGUCCCACCAGGCCUCAGCUCCCUGCGCUACCUCCAGGUGGUUUUCCUCCAUGGCAACAAAAUCAGCAGCGUGGGAGUCAACGACUUCUGUCCCAGCAGGCCCAGUAUCAAGAAGAACCUGUAUACAGGCAUCAGUCUGUUUGCCAACCCUGUUAAAUACUGGGACAUCCAGCCAGCCACCUUUCGCUGCGUGAGCGGACGAAGGGGUGUUCAGCUCGGAAACUUCAGAAAGUAGAAGAAGGGAGUGAAAGUGAUAUGUUCCAGACAGCUCAGAGAUGGAAAACUGCCAGUCGUUACAGUAUAACGAAGGGGCUGGGAAUAAUUCUGAUAGAUUAAACAAGAUGAAGCUGCACUCCUAAAGUGUUAGCUGUUCAGGAAACGAGAGAAAACUCAUUAUAUUGAUGUAUGUUAGAAACGUAGUACAUGUUGUUGAAUGCUGGUACAAUUUACACAUAAAAGUUCUUGGACAGGUCAAAAAAUGGAUGUUGGUGCUGAAGAUAUUAAAUCAUAAGCUACAACACUAAGAUAAUGUUUUCAGUAAGUAGACAGGGGGGAGGGGGGGACAUAAUACCAUGAACAGCUGUACUUUAUAAUGAAAUUCAGCCCUGUCUACCUUUGCGAGGUGCAUUCAGUGAGGCCAUGCUUACCUUCUGUCUCUGAACUUUUGCUGUGUAAACUUUCCCAGGAAUAAAGCGCCUCCCUCUGGUUACUUUUUAAAACAAAUCCACCCAAUGACUUGACUUGAGUAGCAUUACAGGCUUUUUUAGUUCUUUCCUUUCUCGUAUAAGAAUAAGACAGUAGAGACAGAGAGAUACAGUAGCUUAAGUUGUCUUUAUAACACUUCUGAACAACAACAAACAAAAUAGUCUUUUUCCCUCUUUUGUCAUUUUUUUCUUUACAUAUUAUAUUUACGCCUUUUUUUUGUUUUGUUUUUUUUUAAGUUGAGAACGAAAUUAUCAUUAAAGAGUCACUAUAGUCCAGAGCUGUAACAUAACAGGAGCUUAAAAACCUUUUCCUCCCAGCAGAAGUCUGUACAGUCAACGAAUGAUGGUGGCAUCAUUUAGUGCAACGAGUCACUUUGAAGUCCGAUGUCUGUCUUCAUGUGGAUGUUUUAUAUUAUCUCACUGCAUGUCUGUAUUGUCCUUAUUUAGAACCUGAGAGCUACAUGUCAGACUGGAAUAUACAUUGUUGUUGAUAUAGACCCAAAAACAUCACAUUGUUUUAAUGAACUAUAGCAACCAGGUGAGCUACAGUUAUCAUUGAAAUUAUAAGCAGGUAAUGGCUUCUUCCUUACAAACAUGUUCCUGUUUCCUCCAGUGAUAUCUCCUCAGAAAUGGUGCUAUAUUUAUUUAGUAUCUUUAAAUAAAAACUGAAACACCUCUCCAUUCAUGUCUUUUCUUUUUGUCAAAAUGAAACUGGGUUUGUGUCGGGAAGUUAACAUCUGAUUAACAUCUCUCAGGCAAAGUUGUGAUUUUAGGUUACAUGAAGAAAUUUGACUCAUUAUAUCAGAUAACGCUU